AUGUCUCACUCGAUCAUUUUGAUAGUUUUUGGAUUUGCCUCGAGGGUCAUUAACCUCUACGAUACGCUUUCAGUUGGUGUUAUUGGGCGAGCCAGAACCUUCGUUUCAGGCCACAUACGAAGGUUGUUACGGAUUGUAUAUAACUGGAGCCAGGCGUCUCGCUCGCCACGGAGUCUGAAACUGACACUCUGCUACCUUCCCCUCUUGUCUGUCUACCUCACUUGUUUGGUGCUCGUGGAUAUGUGGGAUUCCGUUACUACAGAGGUCGCCUGGUUAAUUAUUGCCUUUGCAUUCGGUAUUGCCCGAGUAAUAGGCACAAUAUAUCGACCGGAAAAGAUGGGCCUCGAGGCUUCGUUAACUGGUUUCAAUGAUUGGUCGUUUGGCCAAGUUGCUGCUGUGGUGUUACUGGCCGCACCGCUCAUCACAGUCAUCGAGUAUCUCAAGGAAGGGUCAACUGAGAUGUCUAAUACUCGCAUAGGAGAUGAGACGCAUACACAAGAUGAGAAGCAUACACAAGAUGAGACGCAAUCUGUCUCUGGCGACCAAACCACCACAGACCCCAACGACCCCAACAAUGAUUGGAUCUCUCACCCCAAAAUACCGGAUCUGAUCUUUAGACAUUCAUUCAGGUUUACUUUCAUGGUGAUCUUCUGGAUGGCAGACCAUGAUCCUUUCGGCAAGACGAGCAAGGUUUUAUCUGAUGGUGUUCUCAUCUCAACGGGUCUUGGGACGCCUGUGUUCAUUCUUUGCUCUUUGAUGGUGGAUACUAUAUUUGCAGAAAGAACCCCUGCCUUUCACGCCAAUAUAAAGGUCUUGGUAGAGAUAUACAGCAUAGCGACUCAGUUAGUUCAAAUUUCCUCCAUUUUUGCGACGAUUACGUAUUUUCUCCUGCCGCUCCUCAUUUUCGGUGCUUUGGCGGCUCGAUUCUUGAGUUGA